AUGCAAUGUGUUGACUCGGGCCGGGACCAAAAACAUGACACGAUCCAUUUCCAUAUGCCUGAGCGACUUGUUGACAUGGUAACGUGCUGUAUAGCAGGUAUUGCAACAACCGUUUUAUUUUUUGACGUUUUUGCAAAGCAUCAGGCGGGGUUUCUUGACGGAUGUUUCAAGCAAGCACAGACAGACACCCGAUCUGUUGUACACUUAUUGCGUAAACAUAGUUCACGCUUUGAGCGCCAACUGAUCGGUGCACAUGAUGUAGUCAGUAGCGUUGUCGAUAAUCGGAAACACACUGUGCAUCACAAUCCUGUAUUCGGAAUCUUGUGCAAAUGUUACCACCCACAAGAAAAGCGGUCAUUACUUGUUUUUGCUUGGCAUCAUCCUGCAUAA